UCUUUGGCUCCAUAGUAACGGCGUUCUUUCAGAUUUACUUCUAACAUUAGCAUGAAACACAGAUCGUUCUUACGAUUUUAAAUAAGUUAUUAAUUGUAUAGUUUACUAUAUAGCUAGAACUGAAUACAUUUAUAUUGGCUUCCAGUAAUCAUGAGCCGCACCCCCGAUGCAAGAGUGAGGGACACCCAGACCAAGCAGAUCCAGGAGAACAUCACCAAUGUAGAGAAGCACUUUGGAGAACUGUGCCAACUGUUUGCUGCUUAUGUCCGUAAAACAGCACGACUGCGGGACAAAGCUGACCUGCUGGUCAAAGAAGUCAGGCUUUAUGCUGACACAGAGACACCCAACCUAAAAAUUGGAUUGAAGAAUUUUGCAGAUCAACUGGCCAAGGUUCAGGACUACCGCCAAGCAGAGGUCGAGAGGCUAGAAGUCAAAGUUAUAGAGCCUUUGAAAGCUUAUGGGAACAUUGUCAAAACAAAACGGGAGGACCUGAAGUUAACACAGAGUGCAAGGAACAGAGAGGCAAAGCAGAUGCAGCAGUUAGAAAGGAUGAGACAGAGAAACCCCUCAGACAGACAGAUUAUUUCACAGGCUGAGAGUGAACUCCAAAGAGCCACAAUGGAUGCCACACGUACGACUCGCCAGCUGGAGGAAACAAUAGAUGACUUUGAGAUGCAGAAAAUUUGUGACAUUAAGAAAAUCUUUGGUGAAUAUGUGACAGUGGAGAUGGCGUUCCAUGCCAAGGCUUUGGAAAUUUACACAACAGCUUACCAACACAUUCAGAAUGUUGAUGAGGAGGGAGACCUUGAGGUAUUCAGGAAUUCCUUGCACCCCCCUGAUUACCAGUCACGGUUAGAAAUAGUUCGUGCCAAUUCUAAACUGUCCCUGAAUCGCACUGGUACAUCAAUGAGUAAAUCAGGAACGCUGCAGUCAGGAACAUCUAGCAGACAGAGGAAAAGAGAUGAGGCAGAAGAUGAUGAGGAGGAGGAGGAUGAAGAUGAUGAUGAUUUGGAAGAAGUGACAGAUGAUGAGCAUUAAGAUGACUUGUCAUUGCCCUUCUGUCAAAUAUGUCUGAUCCACAGUAUUUUUAGACAGCGACAUUAUUGAACUCUACAGUAUUUUUAAUGAAUAGAUGACAUAAUUAAACUAGUACCACCAGCAAUAAAUGUUUUCUUGUAAAUUAUAUAUACCAGAGAACACCUUCAAAGAGGGAACAGGUAUUACUUGAAAUAGUUUUUCAAAUGCCAACAUGUGUUUUGUGUUUAAAGUGCCAAACAGUGAUCAAUAUGGUGAUUUGUUUAAAGCAUGCCUUUGUAAAAUCAUUGUACCAAUAAA